UUUUCGAGAAUACCAACUACGCCACUGCGAUAAAAAACACGUAUCUGAAAAGCUUGACAACCCGUUCCAAUAGUGUUCUUCUUAAUAAUUAUUUCGCUGUUUCACAUCCAUCUGAGCCCAAUUAUGUUGCAACGCUUUAUGGUUCAACCGCUGGUAUUACUGACGAUAAUUUGCAUGACGUAUCCGGAACUAAUUUAGUUGACCUUCUUGAAGCAAAAGGAGUUAGCUGGAAGGGUUACAUGCAAGACUAUCCUGGCAGCUGUUACACAGGUUUGCAAUCUGGGCUUUACGUAAGAAAGCACAAUCCGUUUAUCUGUAUGUCAGACAUCAGCACCAACCCCACACGCUGUGCAAAGAUCGUCAAUGCCAACCAACUUGAUACUGACCUAGCUUCAAAUAGCAUGCCACAAUUCUCCUAUUACGUACCAAACCUAGAUAACGAUGGCCAUGACACCAGUUUAACUUAUGCAAUGAAUUGGUUCCAACCCUGGUUCGAAUCGAGGCUUACGAAUGCAAAUUUUACAACUGGCACAUUGUUCAUGAUCAUCUUUGAUGAAUCUGCAUCGGGCUCGAAUCAAGUCUUUGCUAGUCUUCUUGGUACUCCUGUUCAAUCGGGUACCCAUACUGAUUCUACAUCUCUUACCCAUUAUUCAAUUAUCAAAACAUUGGAAAACAAUUGGAAUUUGGGUACUUUGGGUAGGAAUGAUGCUACUGCCAACACAUUCACCACAUAUCUCUAA